CAACACUUGCUUUAAUUAUAUACAGACAUGCAGUUACAUGGCUGCAGGUACUUUCAUUUAACAGUCGCAAUUUCUGCUGUAACAUUUUAGUUCCGUAACCACCCGAAAUCAUGGUCAUCGGAUUUUCCGAGAAAACUCCUGGCAAGUUCUAGUCACAGCCAAGAGGACACGGGAGAGAACUCUCCAUGCACGCGUGUCCACCUCCCACCCUCCGUCACUCAACUGUUGAGAGCGUGUGUGCGUGCGCGCGUGUUGUGAGGAGAAGCAACCGCGCUGUGCGUGCUGGUACUCAGCGGAUGACUAGACUCGAAUCAGCUGCUCUGCGCUGCCAACCGUGUCACAGUUGUACCCGCCAGUCUCCCCAAAGGCUGAAAUGUUUGUGUGCGGUUUGUAUCCUCCAUUAUUUCCUUCACGAGACACGUUGGAGACACUUGCAUGUGAAAUGUUCCUUCGGCCUUGACUGACCCACCUUUGAGAGAGACGCCUCGACAGGUGUGUACAGACCCUCGAUGAGGGGAAACACCUCUGGUGCUGGCUUUGGUUAGUAAGCCUUCCAUGCCAACAGACUUUAUUUAUUGUUAUACUUCGGCUGGAGAUCGACAGCUCGGGGACAGGAUCCCCCGUUAUUUUUCUUAGCUCCUCCCUCCACACCACCAGCGCCAUCAACUUUCGGCAGGCGUGUUGUCAGCGUGGCACAUGUGCCCCUCAGGGAUGUGUGACCUGCUUCUCUUAUCAACAAACCCGUGGAGUUAAAAACACUGUUUAUUGGGCUUCCAUCCGCCAGGCAAUCAAGAAGCGCGGUUUAAACCCCUCCCCACAACUCCACCCCUUCCCUCCUUUUUUAAAAAAAAUCUUCUUGUGAUUGCCUAAACAUCGACAGCGAAGUUCGAGGCAACGGAAGGCAACGGACUGCAGACGGUUGUAACAGCAUCCGUGUAUCAUGUUCCAUUCGCUCCAGGAGCUAUGGUGCUUGCCGUUGGGUUUAUGCGUGUGAUCACACACAAGGCCAGUGUCGGUGCACAGGGGCAGUCAGUCAGUCUGUGCUUUGAGAGCCGUAUUCUGCUCACUUGUUGAAUGGAGGCCACUUGGACAGUUCUCGCUUUUGAAAGGUCGAACAUAUUGUACUUUGUACCAGCAUGGCAUAGCUUAGCGCUUGAAGGAAGCAGCGCUCCUUGGUCAAAUUAUUUCGUGAAGUGAUAACAAAGAAACAAUUCACAAGUUUUGCUGUUCACGUGGUGGAGUGUGUAAACUGCGAAACACCAUCCAAGGGCCAGAGACGAUCCAUGUGUCUGUGUGUGUGUCCUCUGUCAAGUUUGUCCAAAUUGUCGGGUGGGUGAGCUAGGUCAGCAACAACAUUGACUGAACACCUUGAAGCCAGUUCGUGUCAGGUGUUCUACACGAUACAUGUUGUGGAAUGUUCUGCAGUGCAAACAGUGUCUAGCCAGCGGAAAAGGAAAGUUUCUACAUUUGUUGGACAGUCUGUGACACACUAAACAUGGAGCAGAAGGAAAAGUUACAAAUGUGGCUUCUUGCUGCACUAGCUGUGGUGUUGACAGAUGUUGUGCUUGGUAUUAGUCAGUGCGGUAUCCAGUUCGUUGAAUAUGAAAUUCUGAUGGUGUGCAAUCAAAGCAGGUCACUCAAAGAAAAAGAACGUUGUGCUGCUGAUGGUGAGGGAUUAAUCGUUGGUGAAAUGAUCACAAGUUCUUUGAGUAAUGCACCAGCAUGUGAAUUUGCCAACUCUGAUGCCAUGAACAUGACAUGCUUGCGAAGCAAUUCUGGGAGAGAAAUGGAAUAUGAUGCAAGUGUUUGCACAGAUUCUGGAUGCUGUCAGUGGAAAACAUGUAAUUGAACAUCUGCCUAGAGUGAAUCCUCUUCCUAUGGAAAAAGAUCAUGUGACACCUUUCAUCGCAUUCAAAAAAUCCUGCAAACCAGUUGAUCCAGAUCACGGUGAAGGAGCUAAUACUGUCAUAGACAUUUGCACAAACCGAACCAUAAACUACACACGUGUGUAUCUGAUGCUAAAUAGUGAGAAACAUGUGGAUGUACUGACAGAACCCUCUGUUAUGUGUCACUGCACACUGCAAGCAGAUUCUAGUAUCACACUCCAGGCCCUAGAUGUGCGACUGCAGAACAGCAGCAACAACCAGUGUAAUGCUUCCUCUCUUGAGUUCAAAUCUGAAGAGAAGUCUAUAGAACUAAAGUGCCAAGACAGACCUUUGUUUGGACUGGAAACACUCUUUGAGGGCAAAGAGAUCAAUUUGACUCUGCAUACAGAUUAUGCUCCUAAGAUGGUGUGGAUAGAAGGAAAGGCAGCUUCAGACAGCGGAAAAUCCACGCAGAACACAAUCAUGGUCUCUUGUAGAACUGAGCUAGAAGGUAAAAAAAAUUGAUGUAAAGCCAGAUGAAAACAACAAUGAAGGUAGGAAACAUAUCGUGAAGCAUAACUCAAGGAUUUUUUUGCUGCUCAUAUCUAAUAAAUAAAGCAGAGCGUGAUGAUGUGUGUAUGUGCACAAGCACCAGUAAAAGUGUUGCUGGCAACGUAAUUUUUAUCUCCCCCUUCACUCUUGAUGUGGUUUUCUGUUGCUGAACAUGAACAGGCAGCCCAUCAUGUUAGGGGACAUCAAGAAUACAAGUGUUUCACUAUUUUACUACACAGAUACCAUACAUGAAAACACUUGACUCAAGCGAUAGAUUAAAAUUUGACUAUAAAUUACUGCUUAAAGAGUUAGUGGGUGAAGCUGGGUACCCUGGCUGGUGUAUAUGUGUGGGAGAGAGAUAUAUAGGAAUGCAGAUUCACAAAGAGGUAAUACUGCCUUGUUUGUGUUUACACUUUUUUCAGUUUUCUAAAUUGUAGAUGCUUUAUUAAAAUGGCACAUUUUCAUUGUAAAUAACUUCCUUGUAUUUAUUACAAGGCAUGUGUCAAGCAGCACAGAAUAAGUUUUAGUGAAUUGCCAUUUUUCACAGAACUGAAGUUUUAAAGUUACAUGUUUUAUUUGGAUGCCUAUUCUACACCUUAUAGGAUACAAAUCUGCCAGGCAGUUAAGGAUAACCACUGAACUAGUGAAGUUAAUAUAACCCUCUGUUGCAAAAUAAAGGCAUGGUGUAGCAUUUGGUUAGUAAUUUCAGUGUUUUUCCUACAAAGAUAAUUUCCAUGCUGUGUAAUGUUCCUCCACUUCAUAAAAAUAAGUUUAAUGAGUAGCCGAAAUUGCUUUCAUG